AUGGCAAGUGAAGUAAAAAAUGAAGAAUUUAUCUUGUCGACUCGGCCUUCAGACCAGAAUGAAGUCAAGUCUGCUUGGAAAUUACAAGCAUGUCCGAUGCCAACCAUAACUAAUGACAAUGAGUUUAUCAUCAAAACGCUAUUUGUCUCGGUCGAUCCUUACUUGAGUAGCGGACUAAAAAAAUCAGCGUUGGGUGGUGCGGUAAAUCCAAUUGGUUCGGUACAAAUAUCAGGUUUAGUCGGUCGUGUCAUCGAAAGUAAAAAUGCCAGUGUACCAGUUGAUACCGUCGUAACAGGAAGAAUGGAAUGGAAAAGGUAUAUUCUUGCCAACGGUACCGAACCCCGGUUUCGAAUUAUACAAAAACCGACGGAACACAACAGCAUCUAUGAUAAAAUUGGUUUUAGUACGGCUAUUGGAGUAUUAGGAAUGCCAUCGCAAACAGCUUAUUAUGGGAUAUUGUCAGUGGCAGAUACUCAGCCAGCUGAUGUUAUAGUUAUAAGCGGAGCAGCUGGUGCCGUUGGAACCAUUGCUGGUCAAAUUGCAAAGAAGAUUCGAGGUGCACAAAAAGUAAUUGGUAUUGCUGGUGACGCAAAAAAAUGUGAUUACAUCGUGAAAGAAUUAGGUUUCGAUGCAGCAAUUAAUUACAAGGAGUACAAUACCAAAGAGAAAAUGAUUGAAAAAUUACAAGAACUCGCACCCGAGGGAAUCACACAGUAUUUUGAUAAUACAGGUGGAUUUGUUACCGAUGCUGUGUUUGAUAUAAUCAAGAGACAUGGUAAAAUAAUCAUUUGUGGUCAAAUAAGUACUUAUAAUAACAGCGAAGAUGAUCCAUCUAAAGUCAAUAUUUAUCCAAAUUACUUAGCGAAGACGAUCUACCGGGGCUUAUCGAUUUUAGGUUUUGUAUGUGGCGAUUUUAUUCAUCGAAAUGAAGAAGAAUUUUAUAAAGAUAUGCCGACUUGGUUAGAUGAAGGAAAGCUUAAAUUUCACGAAACGUUCGUUGAUGGUUUUGAAAAUCUUCCUCGAGCUUAUGAAAUGCUUUUCACCGGCGGUAAUAUUGGCAAAAUUGUCGUUCGAGUUUAA